AUGGACGCCGCGGAGGCGUCGGAGCUGCAGGCGCGGCUGGCCGCGGCCGUGUACGCGCUCAACCACGACGCGAGCCCCUCGGCGCGCCUCGCCGCCAACCAGUGGCUCCUCGCGCUGCAGCGGUCUCCGCAGGCGUGGGCGGUCGCUACCUCCCUCCUGGCCGCCCCGGACCCGCCCCCGCCCGCCGACCUCCUCUUCUUCGCCACGCAGAUGCUCCGCCGGAAGAUCCAGUCCCCCAGCCCCGCGCUCCCCGGGCUCGGCCUGGCGCCGCAGCUCCUCGACGCGCUGCUCCUGGCCGCGCGGCGGUUCUGCGCCGCCCCGGCCCCGCGCCAGCUGCUCACGCAGAUCUGCCUGGCGCUCGCCGCGCUCGCGCUCCGCGCCGAGGGCGGCGUCGACGGCCUCUUCGCGCGGAUGCCGCACCUGCCGCCCCCCGCCGUGCUGGAGCUGCUCACCGUGCUCCCCGAGGAGGCUGCGCAGGACCAGGGCGGCGACACGGGGGUCGACGCCGCCGCGCGGUGCCGGUUCACGCGCGAGCUGCUCGCGCACGCGCCCGCCGUGCUCGAGUUCCUCCACGGGCAAUCCGAGAAGGCACCCACCGAUGACGACGGGGUUCCCCUCCACGAGCGCAACCGCAGAAUCCUUCGGUGCCUACUGAGCUGGGUCCGCGUGGGGUGCUUCUCGGAGACGCCGGCAGCCGCGCUUGCCACGCACCCACUUCUCACUUUUGCGUUCAACUCGCUGCAGGAAUUACCUGAGGCCUUUCUGAGUAAGACACCUUAUAUAAGGGAAGUUCUUCUUCUACCAGCUUUAGCCAACCGAAGUGAGAAGAUCAUUGCUGGUCUUGCCUGUUUGAUGUGUGAAGUUGGCCAGGCGGCACCUGCUUUGGUUGCAGAAGGGGGUAGCCAAGCACUUGCUCUCACCGAUGGACUUUUGAGAUGUGUAGAUUUUACCAGUGAAGAUUGGGAAAUUGCAGAGUCAACCUUUCAAUUUUGGUGCAGUUUGGCACAUUUUAUUCUUGGUAUUGAUGUGAAGACAGCCAAAAGAAAUGUGGUACAAGAGUUGUUUGUGCCUGUGUUUUCUUCACUGCUGGAUGCUCUUUUAUUUCGUGCUCAGAUCGACACUGAUUCUGAUGGAGCACCUUGUAUACCUGAGGGACUAACACAGUUCAGGAUGAAUUUGGAGGAGCUCCUCGUCGAUAUUUGUUUGCUUCUAGGUGCCCCUGCAUAUAUAAACAAGCUCUUUUCUGGUGGAUGGGACUUCUCAAGCCAAACAAUUCCUUGGAAAGAGGUAGAAGUUAGAAUGUAUGCACUCAGCAUGGUUGCUGACACGAUUUUACAAGAUGAAAGCUCCUUCGAUUUUUCAAUCAUAAUGCAUUUUGUGAACAUUUUGUCCAGCAGAACACCUGAACUGAAUGGAAGUUUGUUUUUGGUAUAUAAAUCGUUUGGUGAUGUCAUUGGUUCGUACUCAAAGUGGCUAUCGUCUUCUCAAAGUAACAUUAAGCCCUUACUCCUAUUUUGUGCGUCAGGAAUUUCAAAAUCUAUAUCAUCAAAUGCUUGCUCCUUAGCCUUGCGCAAACUUUGUGAGGAUGCUCCUUCAUUCAUCCAUGAACCUCAGAACCUUGAAAUUCUUUUCUGGAUUAGUGAGGGCAUGAAUAAAGGGAACCUGCAGCUAGAGGAUGAGGAAGAGAUAAUUAGUGCAAUCACACAUGCUUUAAGUUCUGUUAGUGAAAAAGAGUUGAAGAAAAGUUCACUGGCCAGGUUACUUUGUUCCAGUUACUCAGCAGUGGAAAAGAUUAUUGACAUAGACAGAGAUCAAUCGAUAAGGCAAAAUCCAGCUGCUUAUACACAAUCGUUGGAUCUUGCUGUCCGUGGUCUUUACAGGAUGAGUGCUUUGUUUCAUCAUUUGGCUACAUCAGUCACAUCUGGUCUGGUUGACGAUGAUAUAAUUAUAGUUCUUAUUGGAAUACUUUGGCCACUUCUUGAAAAGCUUUUCCGAUCAUAUCAUAUGGAGAAUGUCAAUUUAUCUGCAGCUGUAUCUGCCAAUGUUAUUGAGGAGUUUGGCCACAAAGAAGAAUAUGGGGCUUUAUGUGUUAGGACUUUUGAAACACUUAGCUCUGCAUCUUCAAUAUCAGCUCUGAAUUCUUCUUAUACCUGUGAUCAAGAACCUGACCUAGUUGAAGCAUAUACCUACUUUACAUCUAUGUUUAUUCGCUGCUGUCCAAAGGAAGCUAUUGUGGCAUCUAGCUCCCUGCUUGAGUUAUCAUUUCAAAAGGCAGCUAUAUGCUCUACAGCAAUGCACCGAGGAGCUGCACUUGCAGCAAUGUCAUAUAUGUCGUGUUUUCUUGAGGCUGUCCUUGCUGCUGUGCUAGAAUCUCCUGAGUGCAUCCCUAACGGGUCACCUGGUGUGGCCCUAAUCCAAAUCUUGGCACGCUGUGGUGAAGGUCUAUUAUCUAAUGUGCUUUAUGCUCUACUUGGUGUAUCAGCCUUGUCAAGGGUCCAUAAAUCUGCCACAAUAUUGCAACAACUGGCGGCAUUGUGCAGUUUCUGUGAGGGAACGGCAUGGAAGGCUGUUCUUAGUUGGAAUUCUCUUUGUGGGUGGCUACAAUCGACGGUGAAAUCUUUGCCUUCCGAGUAUCUAAAGCAAGGGGAAGCUGAAAUUAUAGUUCCAUUGUGGCUCAAGGUGCUUCAGGAUGCAGGCUCAGACUAUCUUUACAGCAGGACUGGUGAUAAUAUAAGAAGCCAUCAAGGUUACAUGCAAGGGAAGGGUGGUAGAACUCUUAAACGCAUAAUCAGAGAUUUUGCAGAAAGCCACCGGAAUGUUCCAAUUCCCAGUCCUUCAUGA